ACUUUUUUUUGUCCAAUUCUGUGAAUUGAUCCAGACGGUCUUCUAGCGGUCAGUUCAGUGUUUGUGCUUUUUUUUUUGUUGUUGUUUGUUUUUUUUAAACGUUGUUCAAAAAUCAAACAUUGUGGCUCGGACCGAGCCAUAAACAAUCACAGCCAAUCAACACGAUGCUUCAGGCGCACGGACGGGAGGAUGUAAUUUGAUUGGCUGUUGAGGUCAAAUAUCAACAACCUCUUCCGAAACCGACUCGCAGAACGCAUCUUUAACAUCAUGUAAACACUCAACAGCACACAUUCAUGCACACCACUGUCGCCUGGUUAACCGACAGAGCGCGCUGCUUCGCCGAUACCGACCCAGCACGCGACGAAGAAAAAAAAGUUUCUUUGCUUGAAAAUCUCACGCAGGCGCGCAACAUGCCGUUCGGCCAGUUCCUCCGGUUGACUUUUACCUGCGCGAGGUUUCGGUCCACGACACGAGUGGAAGGAGAAAUGCGAACAGAAACCACUGCUUGGGUGUAACUCACGCGCGGGCACACGGUUGGAAUUAACAACAAGCCACCUACAUUUCGGGCAGAUCUGUAAUCCGCUCUCUAAACGCCACAUGCGGACAAAUCCUCCACGGGAUAGCCUACCAGGGGCGAGCAGGUGAACCACCAAGAUUGCGGAGAUUGGGAGAAAUCACAACUACAAGGUGUCUAGUGAGAGUGAGCGAGUGCGUGACUCCGUCUGAUCAGCUGUCUGCGUGCGUCUGUGUGUGAGUGAGAUAAGUCUACUGGAGUCUCCCGGGUUUCCGGGAGACACUGGCUCGCUGACACCGGGGCAGUACUCGGUCGCGCGGGGAAGAUGAUGGGUUUCCUGCGCAGGACAUUUAGUCGGCGCUCACGGCGGCGGCUCCGCACAACGGCGGACGAGCUAGAUGGUCGAGGGGGGAGCGGCUCUGGACAGAAACACCAGCAGCAGGUGUUACAUCCACCCGUUGUGGUAAGCGGAGGAACCCUCGUCCACAUCCCUGCGGCUGGGGGCACUGCCUCAACAAUAACCUGUCGCGUGGUGUUACUGGACGGUUCAGACGUGAACGUGGAACUGUCGAAAAAGUCUAAAGGCCAGGACCUGUUUGACCAGAUCAUCUACCAUCUUGACCUGGUGGAAUCGGACUACUUUGGACUGCAGUAUGUGGAUCCAGAGCAAGCACCGCAUUGGUUGGAUGUGACAAAGCCCAUAAAGAAGCAGAUCAGAAAUGGUCCUCCAUUCAUCCUGUUUUUUAGGGUAAAGUUUUACUCCUCAGAACCCAACAACCUGCAUGAGGAGUUUACCAGGUACCUUUUUGUGCUGCAGCUGAGACAAGAUAUUCUGUCCGGCAAGUUAAAGUGUCCUUAUGAUGUGACUGUUGAGCUGGGUGCAUACUGCCUACAGAGUGAGAUGGGGGAUUGUGAUCCGCAGGACCACACUCCUGUGCUGGUGUCUGAGUUCCGUUUCUCCCCCAAACAGUCUGAGACUAUGGAGGCUGACAUCUUCCAUAAGUGGAUGGAAUACAGGGGAAUGAGUCCAUCUCAAGCCGAAAUAAGUUUUCUCAAUAAGUGCAAAUGGUUGGAGAUGUAUGGGGUCGACAUGCACGUUGUGAAGGGUCGAGAUGGGGGAGAAUAUGCCCUUGGACUAACGCCCACUGGAAUCCUUGUGUUUGAGGCGUCCAGCAAAAUAGGCCUUUUCUUUUGGCCCAAAAUUACUCGUCUGGACUUUAAGAAGAGUAGAUUAACUUUGGUAGUGGUAGAGGAUGACGAAAAAGGCCGGGAACAGGAGCACACGUUUUUGUUUGAGCUGUCUAGCUCACGCACCUGUAAGCAGCUGUGGAAGUGUGCAGUGGAGAGCCACGCCUUCUUCCGCCUCCGUCAGCCAGUCAAGAACCAGAGCACUCACAGUGACUUCACCCGCCUGGGCUCAAGGUUCAGGUUCAGUGGGAAGACGGAGUACCAGGCAACACAUGGUGGCCGUUUGAGGAGAACAAGUACGUUUGAGAGGCGACCAAGCAAGAGAUACCCCUCCAGGAGCCAAUCACUAAGCAAGGCUACCACUCCCAGCAAACACCCACAUAUAAGUGACCAGAGCAGUCCUGAGGCCAGCCUACGUCAGUAUAAACACAACAUUCCUUUUGGUCAGGAGGCAUGGCAGAGGACACGCCCCCCAAGUCUGACCCCUCCACUUUACGUCCAGCCUCCUGAACUACAAACACCACCACACAGCUUUCCAAUGAGCAGCGCAGAUGCCCAGCGCUUCAGCAUGGAGGAGAAUGAAUAUUCCGGACAGUUCCACCACUACUGCCCUCACCACAUCUACAGCAACCAAGAAGCACUAGGCCUAACACUCUCAAAGCCCAAAGCGUGGGCCAUCCCCAUGCAGCAGCAGCAGCAGCAGCAGCAGCAUCAACAGCUGGAGUCAGUGAUGGACUCUCCCUGGCCGACUCUACACAUCAACAUCAACACGGCGGAGGAGAAGCCCUUGUCUGAAAAGAGCCUCCCCUCGUCCCCGUCCCUCACAGAGGAGCAGAUGAAGAAGAGCAACAUCCUCAUGGUUGCAAAGGUUGAGAAGGAACACUCCUCCCCUGCAGCACAGCCUGCCAGAUCUCAUGAAUCAGAAAAUCCUAAAGAUCGCCGCCGAAGACUGGUCAGACAGUAUAGCUUUAACCAUAGUGAUGAAGAUGAUCUCCCAGAGGCCCUUGCAGCAAUCUCCUCACAGAGCAGCAUGGUGAAAUCUGGCUCCACCAGCUCACUGGAUAAACAGAUACAACCACCCAUAUACCCACCGCAGAUGGAGAUGUGUGACUCUCCACUGUUCUACCAGACCUCCCUCCCACACCUACUGCCCUGUGUGCCAGCACACACUGAGAGUGUGCGUAGUAGUAGUAGUACGGAGGAUCUGAAAAUGGACAGAGAAAAACUGCUGAGGACUCUACUGAUGACCGAACUCUGAGACUUUUACAAACAUAUACACGUACACAUACACACACACACAGACACAUAUACACUGAUGCACAUAUUUAUAUUGGUAUGUUUUAAAAUGCUUUCAGAUUUCCUAAAGUCACUUAAAUAAUUGGGAAUUGAAAUACCACAGGACAGAGCCAAGUAUAAUGGGCAGGACGUGCAGAUGUUACCCAGAGAUUUCACAUGAGAUGCAGCCUGAUUUUGGCUCUUAGUUCAAUCUUACGUGACGUCUCUGGUAUUUAGUCGUUGGUCUUUAGUGUUAAGUCUUCAGUUUAUUUACAACUGUGUGUAUGAGAUGGAAAGCGAAAGCUUGUGAGGGUGACUGUGUGAGAGAAAGAGACAUGAAUUUCUGUUCAUGUCUGUGAAGGAGAGAAUGCUUGUAAAUCAGUGAGACAGAGAGAGAUAGAGAGAGAAAGAGAGAGAAAGAGAGAGAAAAAGAGAUGGUAAAAGACAACACACCCCAUCCAUCAGCAUGCAGACUGGUGGAGUGAUAUCUUUGUUGUGUUGUUUUGGACACAGUUGCCAAGCAACGUCCAAGAAAUCCAUCCAAUUUUUAUCCUCACCAAUCUGUUCUUUUAGUCUCAAUAACCAGACAUGAAGAAACAGUCUGACAGAUCUGCGGGCUGUACGGACUGCACUUUUUACUUGCGGGUGCCUACCUGUUUCCAUUUUACUGAUAUGAACCAUUUAAGGACUACAUGAGUGCUAUAUCAUACCGUCAUAAAAAAAGCUAAAUUGCCAGUGCUGGCAAAACAUUUCACAUUAAUUUAAUUGCUUUGAAAGCUUAUGGUUGAAAUAAGCCUUUUUGCAAUAUGGCCCUGAAAUCCUGAUGGGACCAUUGCGAUUACUAGCAGUGUCAAAUGCUAAUGCAGCUCUGAUUAUGCGGAGAGUAUGAGGGUUUAUACUGUUCUCAUGUGGCUGGAACCUCUUAAUGGGGAGUGGAUCAAUGGCAUCAGCUCUCUGCCUCCUCCCUCUCCACUCUCUUUACAUAUUGAGGGGCAACCCAUUAGAUUGCUGUCAUUGCUGAAACUGUUUGAAAGUGGUGUGUUGGUGCAUGUGAGAGAGAGAGCGAGAGGGUGUGUGUGUGAGGAUGUGUGCUGAGAUUGUAUUGGUGCAUUUUGGUAAGACUCAUAGGUUAGGUUAUACAUCAGGAUGAAGAGCUUUUGUGUGCUCAGUAGAGAGAGAGAGAGAGGGGUAAGCCUUGUAAAUGACGCUUCAUGACAAGAGUUUUUAAUCGUGCGUUACUGACAUGAGCAAUUACAGAGAAAUGGACAAAAAAAAACUCCUCCCCAAAAUGUUAGCACAGUGACAUUUCAGUUUAAUGGCAUUUUAUCUUAACAAGGUUUGAACUUACUGACACGGAUUCAUCCAACGCAGGCAUGGCAACUGACCAGAGGAGGGCGCCAGACACCACCAGUAUAGAACUCCCACCUGAAAGUCUAAAUUCUUAAACCUCCUUCAUUCUUGCAGAUGUGAAGCUGUAAAUCGGUUCUUUUACACUGAAAUGUUUGUAAAUAGUUUAUGUAUGUAUGACAGACGUAUGUAAACAGAUCGCUCUGAGUGCAAACAGUAGUCUGAAUUCCUGUUCACAGAGCUGCCCUUAGCAGGCAGCCAAGCCUGUAUUUCUGUCUCCUUGUGGACAUUUUUCUUAUGCAUCAUUGAUAUUUCACAUCUUGUAAAUAAAUUCAAGUGACUUUAAA